GGCCCAACGCUACUGGAACUGCCACUGCUGCUAAUGGUGGCUCAAACGGCGCCUUGGCAGGCACUUCAACCAGUGGUGAUGGAGGUAGUCCCUCCAACAACAACCACACCAAGUCGGAUCGCCAGACUGGCGGAUCUUUGGUGGAGAACCAGACGACGGAGGAGGGGAAGAAGGGUUCGUCGGCAAAGAUGAACACUUCUUCGUCUUCAACAGCUUCAACUGGAACGGAGCACGAAGUGAUCAACAUUCCUGAUAAUGAUGAUGAUGCAGCAGAUACCAUCAAUGCAAAUGACACUGCUAAUGACGCUGCUAAUGACACUGCUACUAAUGCCGUGGUGGUCGCUGGUACCUCAAAUGGCGGAUCGGCAAUCUCCACCGGCAACAAUUCAACAGGUGAAGGCAGCUCACCAACGGGAGUUGUCCCUGCCGUCAAGCAAUCAAGUGACAAAGCGGAAGCUGAAACGAAAAAGAACGAUUCGUCGUCAAAAUCAUCAUCAUCGGCGAAGGCAGUGGUGAACACAACUGCGGGUGAUACCGUCGUCACUACUGGAACUACUGGAACUACUGCUGAAGAAGUCCAGUCCACCAGCACUGCCAACACUGGCACUGGUACUGGUACUGGUACCGGUGGUAAACAGCCGACCGAAAAGAAGAAGAAGGCGACGUCAUGGAGGACAAAGAAGCGAGCUCAGAAGAAGAAACCGCUCGCUGUCACCACUGACACUACUGCUGCUGUUUCUGCUACAGCUACCUCAAACGAUGAGGACACUACCGAAGUAGUGAACGGAAAUGAGGUGGUGGUGGUGAAUGCUGAACAGGCGGAUUCUAACUUGGAACAGCAGCAGCAGCAGUCCUCCAACUUGGCCCUGGUCUCUGGUUCUGGUUCUGAGGUGACCGGAGGAGCUCCAGCUGUCAAUGGCGGCAAUCGUCAGCAGACUAAGCCUAAGGCUAAUAAGGGACAGUCAAACUCUGCUUCCGGAAAUGAG